AAAACUUUGACCUUAGAGUUACUUGAGUAAUUAAUGUGACUUAGGUCUGUGAAUGAAUGAGUGACGGUUACUCACGGAGGAGUUCCCAUAAACUUGUAAGGUGUCAUCCCACCUUCCUUCACUCCUUAAAAGUCACCCAAAAGGUAAAGUACAUUUGCUGUUGAACCUGCUACCAGAAUCCACCAGCAAACACUGCAAUGUAAAGGGAGACUGAUUAUUUAUAAAAGUAGACCUUGUUAUUUUACAUCUCACCAGGUUUUACUUAAGUCAUUUCUACAAAUUUCUAAACCUCAGUCAUUUAGUGAAUUUCUCAGGAGGAAUAUAUCUGCAUGCCAUGGAGGAAACCCUCAACAGCACUGUUCAUCCGGCUUGUUUACAAGAGCCCCCGCUGGCGAUAGACGUGAUAAAGCAGCUGGAUAUGUUUGAAUGGUGCCUGUACUCCAUGCUCACCUUCAUGACCUGCGUCUCCCUGCUGCUCUAUCUGGAGCAGUGCGUCUAUAUAUAUAUAAAUCUUCCCUACCCCAAGAAGACGACCCUCAUGUGGAUAAGUGGUGCAGCACCGGUCAUUGCCACCAUGUCUUGUUUUGGGAUGUGGAUCCCGAGGUCAGUCAUGUUCACAGACAUGACGUCGAACUGUUAUUUUGCAGUGGUGGUGUAUAAGGUCUUGGUUCUGAUGAUCGAGGAGUUGGGGGGCAGCAGUGCUUUUCUGAAGCGGUUUUCCAGUAAAACCUUUCUGAUCAACACAGGACCGUGCUGCUGCUGCUGCCUCUGUUUACCCCGCGUGCCCAUGUCACGGCGAUUGUUAUUCUUCCUGAAGUUGGGUGCUCUGCAGUAUGCAAUCCUGAAGACGGUGCUCUCUGUCCUUGCCAUAGUAUUGUGGACAAACGGCAACUUCGAUCUCUCUGAUCUAGAGAUCACUGGUACGGCCAUUUGGAUUAAUCCAUUCAUUGGCGUUCUCACUAUCAUCUCCCUUUGGCCUGUUGCCAUCAUCUUCAUGAACACUAACAGCUUGCUACGCAGCCUCAAUAUUGUACCCAAGUACGCCAUCUACCAGCUAAUACUUGUACUAAGUCAGCUGCAGACAUCAAUCAUUAACAUCCUGGCCUUGGAUGGGACUAUCGCCUGCGCCCCUCCCUUCUCUUCUCAAGCUCGUGGCUCCAUGCUAAGUCAGCAGAUGAUGAUCAUGGAGAUGUUCAUCCUCACUCUGGUUAAUCAGCGUUUCUACCGUCGUACAUAUGACACACUUCCCUCUGAGGCACAUGACAAUGACCAGAACGCUAAAGUCGCCCUGCAGGCUGCUCUCGUGGAGCAUGAUGUCUAAAAAAAGGAGGAAGUCAACACUGCUCUUUAAUGAUGUAUCAGAUCAUCAAAGUUAUGAGAUCAUCAAAAAGCCAAACUUGAGUCAGAUAAACAGUUUUCAUUUGAUAAAACAUUAUACCUCAUUCUGUAAGGGAAGAGUACAGUACAACACUACUCCGGUGACUUUCAACCCUUUUUGUCCCUUUAUACUCUUCACACAGCACUCACUGAUAUUUGUCAAUAUCUGUUUCCUGUAGGUUGGUUAAGGGUUGGUUCACCCAAAUUACUUCUUUCUGCCCCAGAAAUAUUCCCCCUUAAGGUUGUCCACAAUGAGGUGUGUGGGUUAUCCAGGGUAAACAGGACAUUGAUUCUGGAACGAGAUGUCGGCUGUUGAAUUGUUUACAUGUUUUCAAUGUUUUGAGCACCAAUUUGAGAUUUAGAUGAACUGACCCUUUAAAGCUGCAGCGCGUAGAAAUGGAGCAAAUAAAUAUUUUUAUAAAACGGUCAUUAUAUCCAUACAGUAGUGCCUGAGACAGGUAAUCUGAAAAAAAUC